AUGGUCAGCGAUCGGUUAAGCAAAGUGCACAAGGCGAUCGCAAAGAAGAAGGGCAAGAACCCCAACCUGCACGAGGGCAGUCGAGACACCCAGCGACUGCAGCGCGCAAGUGCUCGAGAUGACAAGCUCAACCGCCUAUCAAAGCUGAGGGAGAAGGAAAACCGACACUUCUUGAUGAGAGUGAAAUCGUUCCAGUCGUAUACCGCAGAGCACACUUCACCUCUCAGCGUCAAGGAACUCCAGGCCAUGAUCGAAGAUUACCUAGGGCGUGAUGACGAGGAGCUUGCCAAGCUGAAAGCAGAGCGUCGCGCAGGACGGCCUCCAAGCACUCGCCAGACCCUUUUGGAGCAAGCCAGAGCCACCGAACAGGACGAGUAUGCCUCCGGGUUUUGGAUUCCGGAUCUGGAGGAUGAGGGCGUCCUGCAAAAGUUGAAGCAGUGGGACGGAAAGUGGGCCAGUCUUCCUACGCUGAAGUUCGCAAGGAUCUCGAAGGAGGGUUUCAAGAAAGUGUCGAGUUUCCCACCCAAGGGCAUGUCAUGA